GCAGCGUAGACCUGCCACUCAGUCGCAGAACUUCGCAGUAGUGUGUUGACCACCAGGGGGCGCAGUCCGGGAGGGGUGGGGGGUUCAAUCCAAACACUGUACUCCGCUUCUCUCCUCGUACCAGGAGCUGAAUCUGUCCGGGACAGACCAGGGAAGAUGGCGGCCACUGACCAUUCUCGGUCCGAAGCUGCCAAACAGCGACGGCAGGAUCAGCUGCAGCGAUGGCGGGGCUCGGAGACGGAUCGGACGGGUUCGGAAUCAAGGGAAAUCUCGAGCGGUUCCAGGACGCGGCGGGCCAAAGUCCGGUUCGCCCAAGGAGCCGUAUUUAUGGCCGCUUGCUCCGCCGGAGACCGGGAGGAGGUGGCAGCGCUACUCCGACAGGGAGCUGACAUCAACCACGCUAACGUAGACGGACUGACAGCGCUUCACCAGGCCUGCAUUGAUGAAAAUGCUGAGAUGGUGCAGUUUCUGGUGGAGAAUGGGAGCGACGUCAACAGAGGAGACAAUGAGGGCUGGACUCCUCUGCAUGCUGCAGCCUCCUGCGGAUUCAUCCAGAUCGCUAAGUACCUGAUAGAACACGGUGCUCACGUCGGGGCCGUGAACAGCGAGGGAGAGCUUCCUCUGGAUGUUGCCACAGAAGACGCAAUGGAAAGGCUCCUCAAAGCUGAAAUUAAAAAACAAGGGAUAGACGUGGAUAAGGCCCGAAAGGAGGAGGAGAGGAUCAUGCUUCAGGAUGCCGUGGCGGUGCUGGCAGGAGGUGGCACCCUCACACCUCACCCAAACACCAAAGCAACGGCUCUACACGUCGCCGCUGCCAAAGGCUACAUUGAAGUUCUGAAGGUACUGUUACAGGCCAGGCUGGAUGUGGACAGCAGGGACAUUGACGGGUGGACGCCUCUGCAUGCAGCAGCUCACUGGGGGCAGGAGGAGGUUUGCACCCUGUUGGCUGACAUGUGCGAUAUGGGUGCCGUCAACAAUGUGGGACAAACACCUUUAGAUGUUGCAGAUGAGAACCUCAUGGACACCCUGGAGGAGCUGCAGAAGAAACAGAAUGCUUUACGUAGCAAGAAAGAGAAACAGACUCCUGUUAGUGAUAUCAUUUCACAUAUCUCCAUGGUACCAGUCCGCCCACGCAGGACUUCUAUCUCUCGUAUGAGCAGCAAGGACAAGAUCUGCCUCCACGAGCGAGAGAAGCACCCUCCUCCUCCUGCCCUGCAGAGCAGUACGGCUGAGGACGAGGAGGAGGAAGGCCAGACGGGACAGAACCAGUCUCAGGGUCAGGCAAAAGCCUCAGAUGAAGAGAGCGAGUCAGAGAGUGACGCAGAGUCAGAGAAAGCAAAAAAACGAGAAAUCAUAAACAACUUGAACAACAAGCGCAACACCACCAAUCUGCUUCCUACCUCCAUGUCAACAAGCACCACUGCGAGCCAAGUGAAAAGGCAGGAACUAAGCGAACCUCCAGUCACUGAAGUCCCGGGCUCAUGGAGAACAUCUCUGAGGAAGGCAGGAAGCUCUGUAACUUUGGGCUCAGCUGGGCUGUCUGACCCCAGCCAGGACACCAGCAGACCUCCAGAGUCUGGCCUCGGCAUGACCCGCUCUGCCUCUAGCCCCCGCCUCAGCUCUGAUGCUGACACCAAGGAGCCAAGGCUUGCUCGAGUACCGCCCAAUCCAACACGGAGACUCUUCAGUAUUCCAGAUAGCACCGCUGACAAGUCCAACAGUUGGCUAAGCCGUAGCUCCUCUUAUACCCGGCGCUUCAAUAGUCAGUCAGGAAAUGAUCUCACUAGCUCCACCCCGUCUUUGCUUCACAGCUCAUCUUAUGGAAAGAGACUGGAUGACCCUACCGUGACCUCAGCUAGCACAGGAACAAGCUCUGCUGGACUCAGUCGCCUUAAUAGUGUCUUAGCUCAGAGACUUCCUCAGGAACAGACGGAAAAGAAGGAUCAGUCUGCCAUCACCACCUCCGACUCUCAGAGCAUCACCACAGGCGAACAGGAGACCAAGCAGAGGCGCAAGUCCUAUCUGACACCAGUACGGGAUAAAGAGGCAGAGACGCAGAGGAAAGCUCGCUCUCGACAUGCACGGCAAUCCCGCCGCUCCACUCAGGGGGUAACACUAACAGAUCUGCAGGAGGCAGAGAAGACCAUAAAGACCAUGAAGACGGACAACAAAGGGAGUGAAAAGAAGGAGGAAGAGGAGAAGGAGAAAGAAAAGGAAGCAAAGCAGAAGAAGGGAGAGGAAGGGGAAGUGACCUGGAGGUCUCGUAUUGCCAGCCUGCAGAAGUCAGACCUGCUGGGCCUCACACAACCUGCUGGCACCCCACGACCUCAGACCUCUGACAGGAGAGAUGUUGAGGCCAGCACAGGGGAGAGUGAGACAGAGCGAUGGCCCAGGGAGAGCAAGGAGAGGAGACAAGCUCAGGCCAGGAGGAAGGCACAGAGGACCGGGGAGGGUGAAGACAAUGAUCCCAGUGGAGAGGAGUUCUCCAGCAGAGGGCUCGAUCCACAGACAGACCAACGCUUGAGUUCCAGGUUGGACUCUUCUUAUAACAACCGUACCCAGGGAGGAGAAUCUGAGACAAAGGAUUUUAAGAAGCUGUUUGAGGAGGUGUCCCGAGAAAACAGCCAGCUCCAGUCACAGCUGCAGGAUACCCAGAGGAGUGUCACUCAGACCAGGUUGGACCUGGAAAAGGCCACACAGAGACAGGAGCGCUUGACUGACUGUUCAGCCCUGCUGGAGCGGGAGAGGAAGGAGCGAAGGACUUUGGAGCGGCGAAUGGCCGAGCUGGAGGAGGAGCUAAAGGUACUGGUUGACCUGAAGGCAGACAACCAGCGUCUUAAAGAUGAAAAUGGAGCAUUGAUCCGUGUCAUCAGCAAACUCUCCAAAUAGAUGUGGAGGGAGUGAAAGAGAGACAUUGAGAGCAGGGAUUCCCUCCUCUCUCCCUCCCUCCACCCAACCAUCCAUUCCUCCACCCAACCAUCCAUUCCUCCCUCCUGCCAUACAUUCCUCCCAGUGCCAAAGAGCAAGAGAGAAGAGGAGAGAAUCAGCAGAAUGUCCUUCGUACAUGAGCACUACAGCAUGACUUGGAUUGUGGUGCUUCUCUGUGAACAGCUGGAGUGUCUUUUGUGUGCCUUAAUGCCGGAUAGUCACAGCAGAGACCCGUGGCUAUGGCCAGAGGCUCCCACAGUACCAUCAUGAGACCCGACAACAGCCAGAACACUUAUGUCUGGUGCAACACACAAAACUGUCAUGGGAACGCGAACAUGUGUGUGCGCACGUGCACACACACACACACCCUUAUGCAUAGAUCCAGAAUUCCUUGUUGCACACAAGACAAUUCAGGCCUUAAAGCUCCCACCUAGUAUUUAUUUUUGUGAACACAUCUCACAUCACACAUUCACAAUUUUUUUUUUUUUUUUUUUUUUUCCGCACUCACAGUCCAAUUCUAUUGUGUUGUCAGGCAGGAAUGAUUUUGGUGCAUUCUUCUUUUUCAUUUAGUUUUUUUUUUUGUUUUUUUAAGAGACUCAAAUGUGAAAUGCAUUUCCAGCUCUGCCUUUUUACAUUUAGCAACGCCCUGACAACGGGAGUCAUCCAUGAAGGUCUGUUGGGUUGUUUUCUUUCCACAUGCAAGUGUUUGAAGCCACCUACCUCUCCACCUGUGCACUUCCCCACAUCAUUUUAUAUUUUUGUGACCACAGACACACUCCAUGCUCUUCUAAACUGACCUCUGAACCAGGUCAGCUGACGGCAGCACUUUAUUCUCUGCGAAGCGAUAAAGAUCUGCGAGGCUUUGCCCGUCCUCCAGACAGCACCUUCUCACGACUUGCCUUUUAAGCAAGUAGAGUUAGAAGUUACCAGUAGGUGAAGAUCAAAGUCAUUGCACAUCCUAUUAUGCUACGAAUGGUUUUGGUUAUCAUUGGAAGAAAUAUUUUCAUAGGUUUUCAUCAUCAUCAAUUCCUCUCACAAAGGAGCAUGGUUAUGUACAGUUUGUGUAUAAAUGUUAGCCUUGAACAAUAGUCUUUUGAAGUAAAAUUCCAUGUAGCCUUGCUUCACAUAUUGGUUUUCUAAUAUAUUAAAUGGAUGUCUGCACCCUA